CCAUCCCAGCCUUGAACGCAGCGCCACAGCUCCUCUGGGUCGAGACUGGGAGGGUGACAGCCGUGUCUCUUUCUGUUUCAACCUUCGAUUGUCUCUGCACAGUAAAUACCUGUGCUUGGAUCACUGCCUUGCUCAUCUACCUGCUCUCGGAGGAAAAUCCCUGCAAGCAGACAUCAGGAGGAUAAUGACCAGAAGUCAUCUUGCAGUCAUUUUCAACUGAUAGUUUUUCUUCAGCUAGCAAUACAGUGGAGUCUCGCUGCCUCAACUCAGGAUGAGGAGGCAUCGGUUGAUACCGCUAUGUGCCCUUCUGGGUGUCCUGUUCGCAGGAUAUCUCCCAAGCCUUGAUGCGCAGGGAGCACAAGAUUCUGCAGACCUUGUACUCUUAAUUGAUGGAUCACAGAGCGUUGGAGCAACAAACUUCCCAUUUGUGCGUGAUUUGGCUUUGAGAAUCAUUGAUGGCCUUGAUGUGGGCAGGGAAACUGUUCGUGUGGCCUUAGCCCUGUACCACUCCAGCCCAGAGAUAAAGUUCUAUCUGACUAGCUAUGAGAGCAAAUCAUCGCUCCUGGAGGCUGUGAAGGAACUUACAUACUCAGGGGGUGAUGAAUCUAACCUGGGCCUUGCCUUGGAGGAAGUAGCUGAGAACCUUUUAAGCCAAUCAGCUGGGGGCAGGGCAGAGGAGGGUGUGCCCCAGAUGGUGGUCGUUAUCAGUGCUGGGCCAUCCACUGAUGAUACUGGUGCUGGCGACCGAGCCCUUAAAAGGGCUGGAAUUAUCACAUUUGGCGUGGUCAUCGGUGAUACCGCCACUGCAGAUUUGGAAGCAGUUGCUACCGAUAGAACAUUUGUCCUGUCGGCACCUGAUUUCAGAGCAGUGGCGAUUAUGGGUGACCAGCUGUUGCCAUUCAUUAAUGGAGUGGUCCAACGCACCAUUUUAAUACAGACUGAGUUCACAGAAGCCUUGGCCGUUGGAAAAAGAGACAUCAUUUUCCUCCUUGAUAGUACAAUGGGUGCCACUGUGAUCAACUCGGUACGUGAGUUCAUCAGGCGAUUUGUUGACAUCAUGCCCAUUGGCCCAAAUGAUGUUCAAGUGGGUGUGGCUCAAUUCAGCAAUGCCCCUCGACUUGAGAUGGACCUCAACUCCUAUGGAUCCAGGGAGGCCUUAACAGCCGCUUUGGGUAGAAUCAAACCAAGAUCAGGACAGACAGUCAACAUUGGGGCAGCCUUGGACUUUGUGAGGACAAACAUGCUCCGUCCUGAGAAGGGCAGUCGUCUCCAUCAAGGUGUACCACAGCUUUUGCUCUUAAUGACCACUAAAAAAUCCAGUGACAGUGUGGAAGGACCAGCAAGAGCUCUGCAGCAAAUGGGUGUGCUAACCUUGGCUGCAGGCUCUAAGGCGGCUGAUGAGGAAGAGCUGAAGAAAAUUGCCUUUACCGACAGUGUUGUGUUCACGCUGAGGGACUUCCGUAUGCUGCUUCGCAACCCAAAGGCAAUUAUUGAUGCACUCUCCACUCUAGCUGGGGUCGUUGUGACUGAGGUUCCCACUGAGCCAGUUGUUGAGAUAACUACAGUGCAGACUCAAAAGGUGCUCCGAGACAUUGUCUUCUUAGUGGAUGGCUCAAACUACAUUGGCGGCCAUAAUUUUCCAUAUGUACGAGACUUCAUGAUCAAUGUGGUCAAUCAACUUGAUGUGCGCCCUGACAGAGUCCAGAUUGGUCUCCUGCAGUUUGCUGAGCAACCCAAAAUUGAGUUUUAUCUUAACAGCUUUGGCAACAGGCAAGAUGUUGUGGACAGGAUCUCUCAACUCAGACUGACUGGAGGCUCAGUUUUGAAUACCGGUGGGGCCAUGAAUUAUGCCCUCUCCAACAUGUUCCAAACAUCAACAGGGUCACGCAGGAGGCAAAGAGUCCAGCAGGUGUUGGUCCUUAUCACAGGUGGUCCGACCCAAGAUGAAAUAAAAAGUGUAGCUGAUAAACUAGCUUUGGGUGGUGUUCUGACCUUUGUGGUCAGUUCUGGGCAAGCAGAACAGGACUUGCUGAGAAGAGUUGCCUUUGUUCCAGAGUUGGCUUAUCACGAACCAAGCUUCUCUUAUUUACCAGCUGUGGCUGAACAAAUAAUGCCAAAGUUGAUAACAGUGGUUGGUGAUACCGAUGUAUCAACAGUCACUGAAGAACCUGUGGUUGCUGGAUCUGAAAGGGACGUUGCUUUCCUUAUAGAUGGCACUGACUAUGUUCGACAAGAUUUUGCUUAUAUCCGGGAUUUUAUCCUCAAAGUAAUUGAACCACUUGAUAUUGGGAGCGACAAAGUGAGAAUUUCAGUGGUUCAGCACAGCGAGAGGCCAACACCAAAUUUCUACCUUAAUACUUAUCAGACCAAAGAUGAGGUUUUGAGAUCUGUCAGCGGAAUGACACUGGCUGGAGGACGAAGUCUCAACACAGGCUCUGCUCUAAAAUUCAUGAAGGACACUAUCUUGUCUGAGAGGUAUGGUAGCAGGAGGGCACGGAAUGUCCCACAGUUUUUGAUUGUUUUGGCUGGAAGCCGAUCCAGGGAUAAUGUGAAGGAACCGGCGGGUGAACUGAAGACCGAGGGAGUUGUACCGUUUGGUGUUGGUGUCAAGGAUGCAGACCGCAAGCAGAUUGAAGACAUUUCACACAACCCUUCAUUUGCCUUCACUGUGAAGGAAUUCAGUGAACUCAGUACUGUACCACAACGACUCAAUACCUACGUAAGCCUUCCGAGGGUAGAGCUCGAAGACGUCCUACGACAAGCCGAGUCACAGGGCCCUCAGAAGGACAUCAUAUUUCUUGUUGAUGGAUCUGAUGGUGUUGGACGGGAAUUCCCUAUCAUCCAGGAAUUCAUCCGUAGGGUCGUGGAGAGUCUCAAUGUGGCCGAAAAUAAGAUCCGAAUUGGUGUGGUCCAGUUUGGUGAUUAUGCACAGGCUGACAUGUAUCUGAACACACAUACAACAAAAGAAGAAGUUUUGAAUGCUGUCAGAGGAAUCAGGCAGCGAGGAGGAAGACAACGUAACCUAGGCCAGGCCUUGAAGUUUGUCAGUGAUGAUGUUCUGACUGCCGCACGUGGUAGCAGGAAACAACAAGGUGUACCGCAGUUUUUGAUUGUUGUCUCCAGCGGGUCUUCCACAGAUGACAUCAGGCGUCCGGCGUCUUCCCUCAAACAAUCAAGAGUUCUUCCGUUUAGUAUUGGGACCAGGGAAAUAAAUCCGAAGGAGCUGCAAAUAGUGUCCUACACACCCAACUUUGCCUACACUGUAGAUGAUCUCCCAGGCUUGUAUACAGUUCAAGAAAACCUAAUCACCACUCUGACUGAAUUAUCUGAUGACGACAUCACCAGGAUGAUUCCAGUUUUUCCAGACUAUGAUGUAAUUGUUCCAGGAGGCACAGGUGGAGAAAAGCGAGAUGUUGUGUUUCUCAUUGAUGGUUCGAGCGCAGCACGGAACGACUUCCCUUCCAUCCGUGAAAUGAUAAGAAGAGUUGUGGAGAAGCUGGAUGUCGGGCUGGAUAAUGUCAGAAUUUCAGUUGUACAAUAUAGUGACGAUGCAACAGUAGAAUUUCUCCUAAAUGAGUUCUCCACUAAAGAGGAAGUACGCCAGGCUGUGACACGACUUCGGAGCAGAGGAGGAAAUCGUCUGAACACAGGUCGUGCUCUUGAGUGGGUCUCUAGAAACAUCUACCAGAGGUCAGCAGGAAGCCGCAUCGAAGAUGGAGUGCCACAGUUUCUCAUUUUAGUUACUGGUGGAAGAUCUACAGAUGAUGUAGCUACUCCAGCGGACCAACUAAAGAGAAACCACAUAGCACCUAUUGCCAUUGGCUCAAGGAAUUCAGACCCAGAUGAACUGAGGCAGAUUUCCAUGAAGCCGGAACUGGCCUACACUGUUGAUAGUUUCCAGCAGCUUCCCACAGUGGAGCAGCGACUCAUUGAUUCAGUCAAAACAAUAUCUGCUUCUGAUAUCAUCAGUAGCUACACACCUACAAUUGUGGAUUUUGGUAAUUUAGACCUUGGAAAAAAGGACAUUAUUUUCCUUAUUGACGGAUCAGACAACACUGGGGCUGCGGGUAUUGCUCAUAUUCGUGACUUCAUCCUGAACAUUGUUCAACAACUCGAUGUGCAGCCUGACCAAGUGCGCGUGGCUGUAGUCCAGUACGCAGACAGAGUUAAAACAGAGUUCUCUCUCAAUUCACAUACCAACAAACCAGCUGUUGUCUCAGCUGUCAAAAGACUUCGUCAGAUGGGUGGCCGCUCCUCAGAUCUGGCUGAUGCCAUUGAAUAUGUGAUACAGAAUGAGCUAAAGCCAUCGGCUGGUGUUCGUCCGGUGGACGCCUCCCAGCAUCUUGUAGUUCUCACAGGUGGACGUUCUCCCCAAGAUGUGUCUAUUUAUGGACCUUUGCUCAAAGGAUCCAGGGUUAACUGCAUUGGUAUUGGAGCAAGUGGGGCAGACACAAGGCAGUUAGCUCAAAUUUCCACCACACCAGAAGACGUUAUUCAAGUUCCUACUUUCCCUGGCCUGCCAGCCAUCAAGGACAGGUUCAUAACAAGAUUGAGUGGAAAUCUUCUUGUGAAACCAACCACAGAUGAGAUUCCAACACAAGGUUUGCCUGCACCCAAGAAGGCUGAUAUUGUGUUUUUGGUGGAUGGUUCUAUUAACUUGGGCAGAGAUAAUUUCAAUGAAGUGAUGACAUUUGUCAUCAACUUAAUAGAUCUGUUCUUCAAUGAUAGAGAUAACCUCAGGAUUGGACUGGCUCAUUAUGCCACAGAUGUGACAGAUGUGUUCUACCUCAACACCCACAAAAACAAGCAAGACAUUAUUAGUGCCAUUGGCCGGGCAGAAUACAAAGGGGGUCGUAAAAUCAACACUGGGGCAGCCAUUCGCUAUGUUCAGAAUGUUCACUUCUCCAAAGAAAGAGGCAGUCGAAAAGAUGAGGGUACUCCUCAAAUCCUAAUGGUUAUCACAGGAGGACGGUCAUCAGAUGACAGCAAAUCAGCAGCACUUGGCUUGAAGAAUAGUGGCGUGAGAGUAUUUGCAGUGGGAGUGGGUGACAUUGAGAAUGAGUUGGAAAACCUUGCAAGUGAUUCCUCCACGGUGGCAAGGGCCAGAACCUUCCAGGAGCUUUCAGAGCUCAAUGAGCAAAUCCUGGAGACACUAGAUGAUGAAGUGAAGGGGAAGCUGUGUGUUGGAGUACAAGAUGUUACCAAAACCUGCAACCUUGAGGUGUUGGUGGGCUUUGAUGUUGCUGCACAGAAUAUCUUCAGUGCCCAGACCAACCUCCAAAACAAGAUGGCCGCCAUUCUACAGAGGAUCUCCAAGAUGUCAACAAUCAGUUGUUCAUCGGGGCAGAUUCCUUCUAUUCAAAUUGGCAUGCUUGCCAUUGACUCUUCCGGACAGCCUGUCCAGUUGGAUUUCACGGAGAGUUCUGACAAGCUCUUUGACGAAUUUAGAGCUCUUAGAGCUCGAGGCCCAUUUGUCCUUACCAGCAAGACCAUCUCAGCUUACACUGACAGAUUCAGAACAAGACAAGAUAAUACUGUCAAGGUUGUUAUUCAUCUGACUGAUGGUCUUGAGUCGCCCUAUCCUGAACUGAAAAGACGAGUUGAAGAGCUCCGACAGUCAGGCGUCAACAGUUUCAUCCUGGUUGGGCUCGAGCGGGUGGUCAAAUUUGAGGAAGCUGCUUUACUGGAAUUUGGCCGUGGAUUCAGGUACACCAGACCCCUGCGACUUAACAUCCUUGACUUGGACUAUGAGCUUAUGGAGGAACUGGACAAUAUUGCAGAAAGGGAAUGCUGUGGAGUUCCAUGCAAGUGUACAGGCGCAAGAGGAGACCGAGGGUCUGUGGGACUUUCUGGAUUUAAGGGUAGUCAAGGAGCUGCUGGAAGCCAAGGGCAUCCUGGAGAUGAGGGUGGACCGGGGGAGAGAGGUCCUCCUGGUGUGAAUGGAACUCAGGGUUUCCAAGGGUGUCCUGGACAGAGAGGUUUCAAGGGUUCCCGGGGAUACUCUGGAGAAAAGGGUGAAUCUGGAGAGAUUGGCCUGGAUGGUAUUAAUGGUGAAGAGGGCAAAAGUGGAGUUGCUGGACCCUCAGGAGACAGAGGAUAUCCUGGCAGAAGAGGUCCUAAAGGUGUCAAGGGACAAGCAGGAGACAGAGGAGAAAUGGGAAUCAGAGGAGACCCUGGUACAAGUGGAAGAGAUAACAACCGAGCAGGGCCAAAAGGCGACCCUGGUGAUGCUGGGCCAGCGGGAGAGCCUGGUGAGGAUGGAAACAAAGGAACACCAGGAGAACCAGGAAGAAGGGGAGCUGAUGGCCGAAGAGGUGCACCAGGACAAGCUGGUAAUCCAGGACAGCCAGGUGUUGAUGGUGUUAGGGGAGAACCUGGUAUUGGAGGAUCCAGAGGUCCACCAGGACCAAAUGGAGCACCUGGACCCAGAGGCGAAGAUGGAAAUCCUGGACCCAGGGGUCCUGGAGGAAGCCCGGGUGCUGCAGGAGAAAAAGGAAGAAGAGGAGCUGUGGGUCGCAAGGGAGAGCCUGGAGAACCAGGAAUUAAGGGUGUUGUUGGACCCCUUGGACCCCGUGGGGAGCCUGGUGAAGAUGGCAGAGAUGGGUUUGGCAUUGCUGGGAAUAAAGGAAGAAAGGGUGAUGAAGGCUUUCCAGGGUUUCCAGGGCCAAAGGGAGCUGCUGGUAACCCAGGAGUGAAGGGUGGACCUGGUUCCAGAGGAAAUCGUGGACAGAGGGGCGUAUCUGGAAAUGCUGGUACUCCAGGACAGAAAGGCGAGGUUGGAUAUCCCGGGCCUUAUGGUCAGAAAGGGCCGAGAGGACCGGGUGUUGUGCAAUGUGACCUUGUCAAGAAGAUCAGAGACAACUGUCCUUGCUGUUAUGGUAAGCAAGAAUGUCCUCUCUACCCAACUGAGCUGGCCUUUGCUCUGGAUGCUUCCAAUGACGUUGGCCGACCAGCCUUCAACAUCAUGCGUGACACAGCCCUAAGGCUUGUGAGAGAUAUCACCAUCGCUGAAAGCAACUGUCCAAGAGGAGCUCGUGUUGCUUUGACUCUGUACAAUAGUGAAGUGACAACUGAGGUCAGAUUUGCAGAUGCGCUUAAAAAACGAGCCUUGGUGCAGCGCAUCGAGGGAUUGCAGACGUUGCAGACCAACAAAAGGCGUAGCUUAGAGACGGCCAUGAGCUUUGUAGCCCAGAACACUUUUAAAAGAGUGCGUAGCGGCUUCCUCAUGAGGAAGGUUGCCAUCUUCUUUGUCGGUGGGUCAGUCAGUAAUGCACAAACAGUGACUAAUGCAGCUCUUCGUCUCCAUGAUGCUGGAAUUGCCACCCUGUUCUUGGUCAGAAGUGAGGACAGAGCACUCAGUAGAGCAUUGCAGGUUAACAACACAGCACUGGCCCAAGUGAUCGUCUUGCCAAGCCCUGGAAGCGCACAGUACAAUUCAGUCAUGCAAAAAGUUAUGAACUGCCAUGUUUGUCUCGACGUCUGCUCUCCAGACCAAAUGUGUGAUUAUGUCCCCCCAUCGACUGGUCGCGACAGGAGGUCUUUCACCACAGACGUGGACAUUGACAUGGCCUUUGUCAUGGACAGCUCAGAAACAACAUAUCCCACAGCCUUUACGGAAAUAAAACGCUACAUAGCACACAUGGUGGAGCAUCUUCAAGUGUCUUCCAAUCCGACUACGUCUGCUCACCAUGCCAGAGUAACCGUCAUUCAACAAGCCCCGUAUGAAUUCAUCCAAAACAAGAGCAGUUUACCCAUCCAUGUAGAUAUUGGUUUGACAGAGCACCACUCGGCUCAGGGGAUUGUGAAGUUCUUACUGGAGAAGACACCCCAGCUAGAAGGAGGUCGGUCAUUGGCAGCAGCGAUGGAAUCAACAGUGGAAGAGGUUUUUGAGAGAGCGCCCCUCCAACGCCCUCGGAAAGUCCUCAUGCUCUUUGUGACAGGAAGUGUGGAAGGGGACGAGGAACGGCUGGUGCGUGUUGCCACUGAGGUCAAAUGCAGAGGCUACUUUUUGGUCAUUAUGGGCGUUGGUGAGAAACUGAGUGCUGGGGACGCCCGUGUUUUGUCACGCAUGGCCAGCGAGCCAUCAGAUGUCUUCUUCAAGAGGCUUGACACCACCUCACACUUUUACGACAAACACAUUCAGAAUUUUGGCCAGCUCCUGCCUAAGUAUAUCAGCAUCGAAAAUGCUUUCUACAUGUCUCCUGAAGUCUCCAAAAACUGCAAGUGGUUCCAGAGCGACCAACCCCUAAAAAAUCCCUUUACGUCAUUACAUCAAAAAGAGAGCCAUAAGAAAGAUCAUGAACAUCACCAAGUAUCUCAUCAAGUAAAGCACACAGACGAUCUCCACGUCUCAAACAUCACCUCAAGCAGUUUGAAAUUGCGUUGGAACAACCCGGAACCCAAACACGUUGUCUACUUUGAAGUGGUGGUGACCCGGCUGCGUGACCAUGCACUGGUGUUGAAGACCAACGUGUCGGGUGCAGAGCUUUCUGUAGACCACUUGGAAAGUGCUCAAACAUAUCACGCUGUGGUCACAGCCCAUGGUGCAGAUGGUUAUGUGAUUUCCACUCACAAAGGCAUUAUCACUACAAAGGCAGCAGAGCAUGGAACCGUCAAACAGAUGACCAGUCCAGUAAAUACCACACCACUGGACAAACCAGAGACUGUGUCAGAGCCACAACUUGAGGUGCAGCAGGUUGAGGAAGUGGAGAACCGCCCGGCUACAACAUCCUCUACAGCUGAGGAUAUUUGCAAGCUUCCCAAAGAAGAGGGCACAUGUGCCAAAUUUGUCCUGAAGUGGCACUACGAUGCUCCCAGCAAGAGCUGCGCACGCUUCUGGUAUGGAGGCUGUGGUGGAAACCAGAAUCGCUUUGACACGCAUGAACAGUGUGUGAGGGCUUGUGGAAAUGCAGCAGUAGCCAUCAAGCAAGGAGUCAUGGCCUCAAUAAGCACAUAGGAGACGCGGAGCACGCAUGGCCAGUCUUUUUGUUUAGAGGAGACUCAUCCACACUGGUCAUACUGUAAGAAUAGAGGCUGCACUGGAUUCCACACUAAUGGACUUGACCCCCAAUAUCUUGAACUGCUUUCUUUUUUUUCUUUUUUUUUUAACCAAUGAAGCAACACAAUUUGCUGCAUGACUUGUUUUCAUCUACUGGUGCUACAUAACGUGUUUGUUUUGCAGAUGGAUGAAUUUUGUCCAUUUGGCUUUGUACAGUACAGUAAAGUCAUCUGAAACGUCUUCAAAAUGCACAUUUACAGUUAAGCAAGAGCUAAAGACAUUUGGAAUUUGCAUUAAUGAGUUCACAAAGCUUCUAUGUUGUUGUGUUGUACAUUCCACAAUCACAAAUUGUUUUUAUUUGGUUUAGUCUUGAAUGCCAUUGAUCCCUGUAUAAUCAUUUCUUAUAGUCACAGAGCCCACAGUUUACACAAAUCUUGUAUUAAAUUGUCCUUAAGUGCUUGAAUGCAAAUACAUUAAGUUCUUCAUCCACUGCCUCAAACAUCAAGCAACUGAAGCAAGGUCGAAUGUAUUUGUUGUUUUUUUGUUGUUCCAUUUGAAUUUACUGAAACUUUAUAGAACACAAAAUAAAACAGACUUUCUAAUAAACAUUUAUAAUUUCAUCCAUUUUUUACAUUUGUCUAAAUCACCGUCUGAAUUGACACAGUUACUUAUGGUCUGAGGUCUUCUUUUUCCUAACAAAAAGCGACUGGGAAACCCGGAUCAUCACACUUUUAGACAGUCAGCUUGCAUUCCUCCACCACGCUGUGGCUAGUAUUUCUGUUUAAGUCCUGUUUAACUGCAUUGUCUGACUGUAUCGUCACUCACUACAUUCACAAAAGAAUUAUUACAGUAUGUAAUAAUAACAAACGGAUUAUUGGAUGAAUUGGAUUGAAAGCAGCUUUUAAAGACUUUGAAAGGUUGGAUUAACACCUUCCCAUUGUAGGAGCUAAAAAUCCAUUCAUGUAUAACUAGGGGUGUCACAAGAUCUCAUGCCGCAAGAUCUCCCAAGAUUGAAACGUGACAAGAUUUGUUGUUCAGAAAAAAGUGUCUCAUGGGCACCAGCCCUGGGCCGAUAAUAAAUGAAUAAAUUAAUCACACGAUAAAUGAAACUGACCUUGGUCAUUUUGCCGGCCUCUUUAUAUUGCCAUGUGCAUGUUGUCUGUUUUCCUUGUGUCUCGCCUCCAAACAGGCAGGAAGAGGAUUCAGCACCUUGGCGUGUUUGUUCCACAGAACAACGGCAUGAACGGAGUGAGCCCUUUCGUUAGUUACUCAGUCUUUUUGUCUCGGUGGGUGGAAGCGGGGCCGCUAGCAUACACACAGAGUGCAGAAGAGUGUAACGUAGAAGAAAUUAAUUUAGCUGAUUGCAAUAUACUGUCAUAUAUUUUUUAAAUAUUUUUUCAUUGUACUUUUCUUAAAAGUAACAUUAAAAUCUCGUCUCAUUCCCGUAGACCCAGUCUCGUCUCGUUGUCACGUCUGGUGAAUUGAGUCUCGUGACACCCCUAUUUAUAACAUAGCUGAAGUCAGCUUAGCAUGUCUGGAAAUGAUGUUCUUUAUUUUUCUAAAGCUGCUGCGCCUCCCAUGGCAAAACCCUGGGCUAAAAGAACUCCAAUGUAGAUAAGCUAAGAAGUUCUAUAUAUUUCAAAAAUAAAACACUGCAUGUCA